AUGGAGUCCAUGAUUACCCGGGAGAUUAUGAGGUACCCUUUCAGACCCUUGACUCAUAUUAGAGCUGAUGGUUCGACGGGGCCACAAACAUAUGGUUGGGUGUUACAGGACCAAAUGCAUGCUUGGGUCGACCCAGAGCUACGCGACCUCCUCUGCAUGUGCCUCUACGAAAACCCUGCCGACAGACCCAAACCACUGGAGAUACUGAUGAUUGUUAAGAAAUGGAAGGACUCGAAAGACCACGACCCUACAGAGGUUAGUAAAUGGUGGGAAGACGUUCGCGGUCCUCGACCGGUUAUGCCUUACAAACCACAGAAGCCAACUCCGAAUUCCAAUGCCAUGCAACAGGCGGCAAUAGAUGGGAUAGGAUUUCUAGCACUGCAUUCUGCUACAAAACCAAAUCCAAAGAACCAAGCCCCAGUUGUCGACCAGCCCGCUCAACCUGCCAAACCUGCUUCUGAUGCUCAACCUGCUGCUGAUCAAGGGAGGCCAGCUCCAAAAUUAAAUGCCGUUCAAAAAGCGGCAAUGGAUGGGCUAGGAUUUCUAGCACAGAAUUCUAUUAAGAAUCCAAAUCCAAAGGAUCCUCAGCCAGUACCUCCCCCACAGCCGCAACAAACGAAACGUCCGGCUAACCCUCGUGUUCCGGCCAAGGUUGCUACGGCACGCGACAAGCGAAUCUUGUCGCAACCACGUACACAGCAUGGCCAGGUACGACCACAAAAGCGUCCUCGGUUGGAGGUUGGGCCAGGUGAAGCCAUUGACAUUGACCGCGAGGAGGCUGCUUACCGGUGCAGUGGUAAUUCUGGCAACGAUGCUGCACCGGUUGCCCAGCCUGUCCAGCCUGGACGCCCUUCUGACAAUUUCGUAAUGAGUAUCAACCGCGCUACUCAGAACCCUGCCAGGCGUGUCAGGUUUGACGAUCCGCUGAAGCCCUCCAAGACAAGCAAGGUUCAAAAGAAGCUCCUCUCGUCAAGUACUCGAAAGGUGAAGCGUGUGCCAGGUCCAAAGAAGUCCCAGGCGCUUGAAGCGCUUGUUCAGGGCGAUACUUCAAAUCUGCCUGUGGCUGUUCAGAAUAUCAUGUCUCGGGUAAAGCACCUCGAGGCACGGCUCAAGAUCGAUGCCAUUCCUAUUUAUGCUUACUUGAAAUAA